CGUGUUGUCUCGCGCCCAACCUCAACAGUAGAGAUCUUAAUAUGGCAGUUACUGGGAGACUCUUAGUGGACUGUCAAUGUUCCACUGUAAAUGUUCGACUGGAGGUCACAAAAACUUUCCCUAACAUGUUACAAUGUUCCUGGCUGUAAACAUGUUGUAAAGCAGGUAGUAGUGUAGACAAUGUAGUACGUGCUGUUCCCCCAUUAUGGAUUCUCCACGCAGUGUCACCAAGAAGCAAAGUGUGGUGCUGCAGAGUUUGGAUGCAGAACAAGAGUUGAAGCGGCGGCGUUCACUCACGAUCGCACAUCUCUAUCUGUCGUCUGCUUCACUGUCCCGAAAGGCACAAAAGUCAGACAAGAAUGACAUAGUGGAGGUGUCAAAGGAUACAAAACUGGAAGAAAAGACUGAAAAAUGAUAUUUGAAGACGGUUAAGGAAGACGGCACCAUGGGAGAUAAAGGAAUGUGAUGGUGUGUUGUUGAAAGAGUUUCCUCGGAAAGAAAGGGUUCGGGUGUUCUGAUAAUAACUGUGAUCAAGGAACAAGGGAUACCAGAAAGUAGGACCACUAGGUCAUUGGAUGUAUCUGUUCUACGUAUGGGAAUGUAUGAAUGACAAAAACCUGUCAACUCCUUGAAAACUUGUAAGCUGUAUGGUGCAGAACCAGAGAAGUCAGUGUUCAGAGAGAUGCACAGAAUGCGCACACAUUGAGAUGAGUUCAAGUCUGGAUUCACGUUUUUUGCUAUAUUGUGUGAGACCAAGGAAACAGGUUGAUGGUACCAUGGUGUGUGUACCAAUGUUGGUGCACAAAGGUUCACAGAAGACAUAAAGUUGUUUAUCAGUCAAAAUUGAACAAUUGGUCACCAAAAAAUCAAACAGGACUUUGAUAUAUAGACUGUUGCAAUUUCAUAUGUGACUUAAGUACCCAAACAGUACAAUAUAAUUUGCUAUUUGCAGUUUUACUAUAUACUUGAUCUCUGGAACGACAAAAGCCUGAUGUUGUUUUACUUACAUACAAAACAAUCCGCUCAUGGUGGUAGCUCUGUAGCCAAGUCUGCUAAGUGGACAUUUUGUACCCUGCAACCUUCACAUAGGAUUACUCUCAGUACUGUUUCCUGUUCCUUUAGGAUAUGUAAAUGAAUAAUUGUGUAAGAAGUUCUGCCAAGUGGAACCUUUCUCUGGCCUCCUGAUUAAUAAAGUGGUAUUAAGCUAAGCUGUAGAAGUCCUGGCCAUUGUGUUAGCCUUGUGUCGGUCAGACAAAUGGAAAAGUGAGAGCUGGAAUUUCAACGUGAAACAGACGUGUCAGUAAUUGAGCUAAAACUGAUGACUUUUCACGUCGGUGUUCAUGCAUUUGUGCCAAGAGCUGUGGAAGUAGGUACAAUUCUUUUUGUCCACGUGUGAGAACAUUUUCUCCCGUAGUUUCCGGAUAAAGAAAAUCAAAUUAUCCUGAGAAGGAGAUUUAUGAGGCUGACUUGUUUGAUGGCUCUAUUCUGUCGUCAGUACAAACAUUUAUACCCAACAUCCAGGUAGGCGGGUGGAGCUAGGCUGGAGGUUUUUAUUGACAAAUGCACUUAAUCUUCACUUGGUUAUAAUCGCUGGGAGAAAAGUGGAUCAGCGUUGGAAUUCAGUGCUUAGGAAAUAACAUACCAUUUAUAGAUCCAAUCACAAUGGAGUGUGAGAUAGAAGAUCCGUCAUAUUAUCAUUAUGUUUAUGCUGUAGCUAUAAAUGUUUGGCUUUAUUCUUAGUAGGUGUGUGGCGAUUCAAUAGAUGUGAAAAUAUUGGGAUUAUCGUGUUUUGUUGGUGUAAGCCUGCAAAAUCUUUGUCGGACAUUGUGUCAGUGAUUUGUACAGAAGCAAUAGGAAAUAUGCCCGUACCGUCAUGUGUUGAGGGGUGACAUAUAUUCCAGAACAAACAAUUGCUGGAACAUAAGGACAGAAAUUGUUUAUAGAACAGUAAAGUUACUGCUUAUGCUGUUAUGAGGAGUUUAAUAAUACACGCCAGACCUGCAAGAACCCACGGAGAUUUAUGAGAGUUGAGUGUUCGUGAACUGGAUCAUUGGGUCUGUGGAGAAGGGCUUUGGAUACAUGGUGAACGGAUGUUUAACGGAAGCCAAUGUUAAUGAAAUUUGGACAAAAUGUGAAGAAAACAUUGCAGUUGGAAGACAAUGAAUUCAGGAGACGUGUGUAGAUGUUGUCAUAUUUAAGGACAUAAUUUGAUCAAAGUGAUGGUUGUACAGAGUUAUAUAUCUUGUUGUUGGUAUUUUAUACUUUACGAUAUGGACACUGGAAUAUUAGCCAAAGAGGCCAAUUCUGUUAGAUAAUACACAGCAAAUGUCAAGUUUUGUGGAUGUGAAAUUGUUGGAGGGAGUGUGUUGGAUUGAGAAUGGAGGAAAGUCAGGUCGUAGCAACAGAGUCUAGUGAUACCGACUCGCCACCACCGAUCUACAGUAAAAUCAGUUAUCUAUCAUACUCACAACAGUUGGAAGAAUAUAUCAACAAAUAUAAAACCAGGCCUCCUGAUAUUAAAUUCUGGCCCUAUGGACCCUACUGGCCCCAAUAUUAUGAUGGUGAAAUUCUGGUGACACCUAAACACAUCUCUGAUUGCCCAUUGGAAGAUGAGCCUCUCGCAGAAACAGAGCCUGAGGAGGACGCGCCUCAGGAUGACGAUGACGCAGUCUCAAGAACAGCAGAAAACCAGGAUACGCCCUUCCAUGGGCGAUGGCGUGGGGUGCUGAUCGUGUACGACUCGGAACGCAGUCCCCGAGAACACCACGCUCAGCCUGUUCCCGAGGGGUGUUGUCCCAACCUGCUGUUCGAGUCCCGUUUUGAGAGCGGCAAUCUACGCCAAGCAAGGAGAGUAGGUCAGUAUGAAUAUGAAUUGGUGCUAAAGACUGACCUGUACACAAACCGCCAUACUCAGUGGUACUACUUCCGGGUCAGGAACGCAGUGCCAGGGGUCACCUACAGGUUCCGCAUCGUUAACCUGCUCAAGAGGGACAGUCUAUAUAACUAUGGUAUGCGACCGUUGGGAUACUCAGAACAAAAUGCUCGCGAUAGGAACACUGGCUGGUAUCGCACAGGGCACCACAUCAGCUACAGUCGCAAUGUGACCUACCUUCACUGUCCGCUGCUACAGCGCGGCAUAGCUUACUACUACCUGGAGUGGCAGAUGGAGUUCCCUCACGCCGAGGACACAUACUACCUGGCCCACUGCUACCCCUACACAUUCACGGACCUGAAGGAGGAUCUGGACACCCUUCUCCAGGACCCGGAGCGUGAGCAGUUCAUGAGGCGGGAGGUGCUGUGCGAGACUCGGGCCGGGAACAGCUGCUUCCUCAUCACAGUCACCAACUUCGAGCACUCCACACCAGGAGUCAGGAAGAAGGCGGUUGUGGUGUCGGCCCGUGUCCACCCCGGGGAGUCUCAGGCCAGCUGGAUGAUGAAGGGCCUACUGGACUUUGUCACAAGCUCACACCCUGUAGCUAAGAAACUUCGCAAUAGUGUUAUCUUCAAAAUAGUGCCAAUGUUAAACCCUGAUGGCGUGAUAGUGGGGAAUUACCGCUGCUCUCUCGCUGCCCGAGACCUAAACAGGAACUACCGCCACCCCCGGUGCGAGAGCUUCCCCACCAUCUGGUACGUGAAGAACAUGGUGGACGUGUUGGUGCAGAGGCAUGAGGUGCUUUUAUAUUGUGACCUGCAUGGCCACAGUCGCAAACACAAUGUGUUCAUGUAUGGCAAUAACACAUCCACUGAAGAAGAUGUGUCUGAGUAUGGUGCUGCAAGGACAUUUAUCAAUGAGCGUCUCUUCCCUUGGCUCAUGGCGCAAAAGUCCCCUGACAAGUUCUGCUACCCAUCAUGCAAGUUUCACAUCCGGAAGUGCAAGGAGUCGACCGGUCGCGUGGUGAUGUGGAGACAAAUGAAGAUACACAACAGCUUCACCCUGGAAGCAACGUUCAGUGGAACCACUCUCAACAGUGGGCAGGGUCGGCACUUCAACAUCAGUGACUUCAUGGACAUGGGGAACACCCUGGGUCAGGUGGUGCUGGACUACCUGGAGCUGCAGCAGAACAAGGCUCGCCAGACAGAGGUUGUCCUUGACCUUACAAGAGUGAUUACUCAGGAUAUUCUAGUGAGUCGAGGGCUCCUCCCACAGGAAACCAAGAUCCCUAGCUUCACUGAAAUCGCCAUGUUGAGACAAGAUUCCAAUCUGUCCGAGAUGGAGGCAGAGAUGAUCCAGGAGGAUGCCGAGAAGUGGACUGGUGUCAUUCUGUCCCUCGUGGCCAAAGAUCGGGAAAAGUCCCAACUGGAAGAAAAGCCGGAGAAGGGAAAGAAGGAGUUGAAGGGAACGAAACCGGAGAACGGGGGGAAAGAACCAGCAAUAACACGGAAGGAAAUUGAUCAGCUUAUCGAUAACAUGUCACUCAAAACAAUGGAUGGCUGUCUGAACAUUCUCACAGAGCUCAGUGUCCGAGAUGUUAUCACGGAAUCAGAUUCAAGUGAUAGCGACAGUGAAUCAGAACCAGAAAUGAAAGAAUCUAAAACUCGGAAGAAAAAGCGGAAAUCCCGCAAACAGCGGGACCGUGACAAGAAGACACCAACCCCAGCUGAAAAAAAGGAAGAGUCGCGGAUGAAAGCUUUGUCUGCAUCUCUGCCGGCCCUGGUAUGUGCACCGGAGUCGCAUCAUGGCUCCCACCAUCAGCUCCCAGUGGGGUCUCUACCAUCCCAGUCACACAGCUCACCUCUGUACAGAGCCAGACAGGCGAACGCUGCCCUGGACAAGUACAUGAGGAUGGCCACCCGCCCCCACUACAUCAGCAAGUACGAGGGGCGCAGCAAUGGCGGAGUGCCAUGCUUCACAGAGGAGAGGAGCAUUGAGAGGCAGGCUAAGAGAAUGGCAGAAAUCAAGAAGAAAACAGAGGAAGAUAGACAAAAGGAUCUCAGUUUUUUCUUCAUAGAUGGUAGUAGUUCACCUGGGCAGCCUCCGCUUACCUCCCCUGAUGAUAUACAUCAUCGCCUGCAGGUGGCACUCAACGAGGGAACCUCCAACAUCUCCCAGGCACUUGUUGGCUUCAACGUCCGAACAGGGUAUACUCAUGCUGACAAUAAGCCCCCCGUGAAUGUGGCAUCUUUCUACAACUUCCGAGAUCUGUGUCCAGGCGUACACAGUGCCAAUGGCUUCAUCCUUCCGUCCACCUCACUGACCAAUGGCCUCUCCAGUGGUCACCUCAUUAAUGGACCCAAGGACAUGAGCUCCUCCGAUGCCAGUGACUCAGAAGCAGGCGAUGUUGCGACUCCUAUUCGUACCUUCCCUGUGUCGUCACGCCGCAACCCCUACCAGCUUGACCACGUGUCUCCCCCCCUCACAUUUCCCCUCCCUCCACCCGUGUUCAGAAAGCCUGUCAGGACGGGUCCAGUUUUAAAGUCGGUGAAUCGACAUAUGGUGUCCUCCACACCUCCAUUGAUUGCAUCUGGAAUUAUACCACCAAGACGGUCAUCUGUAACGACAGAAUUGACCAACCAGAAACUAGAUGACCGGGCCCGCAUCACUCGCUCGUCUGGACCAUUGCUGAGGAGUCUGCGACCUAAUGGUGUCCAUCAAGGCUUCAACUGAAGGUCACUGUCAGUGUGAUGGUCAAGACAAGGUCAAGGUCAAGGUCUUCUUAAGGGCGAACAACUCUCCUGAAGAUGUGUUUUGCACAGAAAUUGAAUUUAAAACCUGUAUGAUGGUUCUCCAACUGACUAGCUGAUGUAAGAUGAUUCAUGAGCAUUGACAGAGCCAUCACUUAAUUUGACAAGGUCAAGGUCUUCUCAAGGGCGAACAACUCUCCUGAAGAUGUGUUUUGCACAGAAAUUGAAUUUAAACCUGUAUGAUGGUUCUCCAACUGACGAGCUGAUGUAAGACGAUUCAUGAGCAUUGACAGAGCCAUCACUUAAUUUACCUGGCCUUGAUAAUGAAGUUGUGCAACAAUUUUCAUCUGUACAUUCCAGUGUCCAUAGCCCCAAUCAAGGAUAUGACCAGUUCAUAGGGAAAGAUCAAGUAACACCUUGACUGAACUAACAUGGAGAUUGUAUCAAGCACGAGUCUUAUACAGUAUUGUGCCUGGACCUGACACAUUUCACCGUCCAUGAUGAAUGUGUGAUAUUGAAGCUGAAUAUUCAGCAGUGUGUUCUGUGCAACAAACAGGAAAGUACUGAGCAUUGGAGUCAUGUCCUCUAUCAUACUUGUUAUGAUCAGUGUUUCCACAUCAAUAUGCGGCUGUCAUGCUUGUGUGCCUGUGGGAAGAAAUACUAUAUAUUUUUGUAAGACUCAAUUCCCAAUUAUCAACCAAACAGUCUAUUAUAGAACAAUAUGUGUCAGUCAAAAUUUAUAUUCACCUUUAACUUGUGAACAUGAAAAGAACCAUAGGUAAACAAGACGACCCAAGGCAUCAUGAAUGAGCAGGGUCAAGGUCAUAUUCAAAGUGAGGCAGGGUUCAAAUACACCAGUGAAGGACAAUUCCAGUGUCUUAAAAACAGUUCCACUGGACAUUUUAUUACCUGUAUGUGUUUUAAGGUACAGUGCUUCUUGAUGCAUUUGUGGGUAAUACACUUUAAAUAAGAAUCAGGGAUAAUAUUCCACCUAGUCAAGAAGAGAGAAAUAUGGAGGAUAUCACCAGCUACAAGAGCCAAUCAUUGCCUCCGACUGGGACUCCACUGUCUAUUGCUAUGACUAUGACUGUCUGUGAUAUAUGUUUAUACUGACACUAGUGAUAGUGAAAUAUGGACAAUGUUUCAUGUUCUGUAGAAGAAAGCUAAAGAACUACAAAAGGAGAUGACUUUUUGCAAGUUUUCUUUUAUGUUAUUUUCAAAAUACUGUCAAAUGCUUUGUAUGGCUGUACCUUCUUACCAUGUUUUAUUUGUAUUUUGUGUUUCAUGUAAAUAUAAUUGUAUAUUGUGUAAUUGUAUAAAAUGUUAAUCAAA